AUGGGCCGUCCCUCCGUAGCAAGGAAUGACGAUCAGCCUACGUGCUGCUUAGCAGUAGGUGGUUCGGGGUUAUGGGAAAGUCCAAGUCAUCAUCGAGCGGUAUGUAGGUCAGCGGCCGGGAGUUUACCAUCAUCUCAAUCUCCGUCAUCGUGGCGCUCCCAACAUCCACCAAAGUGCGGUGCGGCCGGCGGAUUGAAACUCUACUUCAGCUCGGGUGAGCUGAAUCUCGACUGCAGUGCAACCCCAUCUACUUCCUUCAGGGCAUCGUUGAGCUCUCGUGCGGCACCAAUGAAGUUAGUGCCCCUGUCACUAACAAUUUCUUGCGGUGAACCUCUUCUAGCGAUGAAUCGACGGAUUGCUAGGAUACAAGAAGCAGUAGUUAGCGAAUGGGCCAGUUCGAUAUGUAUAGCACGAGUCGUGAGACAGGUGAACAGCGCUCCCCAGCGCUUUUCCGAGCGUCGACCCACUACCACAUGUAUCGGUCCGAAAUAGUCCAGUCCUGUAUGUGUGAAAGCCCUUUGAGAUACGGCUAAUCUCUGGCGAGGAAUGUUGCCCAUCAACGGCGGGUUUGGUAAAGCAUUCUUCACCUUGCAGUGCUGACAGCCACG